GGCAAUGCACGAAGAUGCACACACGGAGCGAGCAGACGUCGCGUUAUCGCGCGUCUCCUCGUGCAUUGCAGAGUCGUGAUACAUAUAAAACGCCGAUGAGCAAAGUUUUCGGCUCUCUGUUACGCGUGCACUGUCACGAUGCCGUUGUCGACAAUAUGUCGACAACGCUGGAUUUUCAUCGCGAUAAUCUCUUUGAACUCUUGCCUCUCGCUGGCAAAUGUGUUCAUCAAACCUGAUGACAAUCCAGAUAUCGCGCUCACAACGCCCGAAUUGGUGACGAAGUAUGGAUAUUCUUUGGAGAUUCACGAUAUCCUUACGGAGGAUGGCUAUACUCUGCAAUUGCAUCGAAUACCACGCGGCCGGGAUGAAAAGGAAGUAAAAUCCAAGAUAAGAACGCCGAUACUUUUGAUGCACGGUAUGGCAGGUAGUUCGGCCGAUUGGGUCCUUAUGGGACCCGAAAAGUCCUUAGCAUAUAUAUUAGCCGAUGCGGGUUACGACGUGUGGCUUGGAAAUAACAGAGGAAACAUUUACUCUAGAAAUCACAUCUCGCUGUCGCCGACUGAUCGAGCUUUCUGGAAUUUUAGUUACCACGAACUUGGCAUUUACGAUCUUCCUGCGAUGAUCGAUUACAUUUUAUGUACGACGAGAUUCGAGAAAAUCUUCUACGUUGGUCACUCGGAAGGUACCACUCAGUUCUGGGUAACAGCAUCGGAAAAACCAGAGUACAAUUCGAAGAUCAUUUUAAUGAUAGGUUUAGCACCCGCGGCUUUCAGCGGCAACAUUCGCGGACCGAUCAAGAAACUCGCCAAGCUAACUUAUCUCGGCGUGUGGGUCGGUGAAACUUUUGGCUAUCCAGAAUUCCGUUCGCGGUCCGUUUGGGGAAAAUUUGUGUCAAAUCUAUUCUGUCAGAGCAUGGCGUCCACACAAUUCAUCUGCAGUAAUAUUUUAUUUUUGGUCGCAGGAUUCAGCCGUGCGGAAUUAAAUACAGAAAAUCUGACAGUUAUCAUAAGUCAUGUGCCUGCUGGGGCUUCCUGGAAACAAUUCGUGCAUUAUGGUCAAGGAUACAUUAAUGCAGGACGCUUUAGACAAUUUGAUUAUGGCGACAUUGAGAAAAAUCUUAUAAUGUACAAUUCAACGACACCGCUGGAUUAUCAAUUGGAAAAAAUUACAGCGCCAAUAGUUCUCUUUAGCAGCGAUAAUGAUUGGCUGGCAACUACAAAGGACGUGAAACUCUUAUCUACCAAACUCAAUAGCAUUGUGCUUCAUUACAAGAUUCCCAUGAAUACUACCUUUAAUCAUUACGAUUUCAUAUGGGGAAAGUCCUCCUUGCAAUUAGUGACGCGACCUAUUCUACAAUUGCUGGACCAAUAUCAGUAAUGUGGUAUUCUUCCUAAAUUAAAAAUCCUUUCUUAAUAAUAGAAAAUUACAAAGAUACAAUAAAAAUAAAUAUAUAGUGAA